UCGGGAGGGGUAGCGGAAAAUACGAGGGCGAGCCCGAUAAGGCAGGAGCCGCGGGCCCGUGAUUUGCGGCCUCCUCCGGGCCGCUGCCUCGGCCGUGAGUUUCGCCGAGGAGGCGGGCGGCGGCGACGGGAGCGCCGGGGAAGCGCCGGGCCGCGGGCGGCUCGCGCGCUGCAGCGAUUCUGACGUUUUCCGCGGCGGGUCCGGCGGCCCGAGGGGCGGCCGUGAGUGAGGCGGGGCGUGCGCGCUCCGCCAUGGCCGGGACACUGUCCGCGACGUGAACGUCCAGGCUGCCCCCGCCCGAGCAUUCCGGGCCCUCGCAGCCGCCACCCUCCUCCGAGCCCGUGUGACUAAACGGAGACAAAGGGGAGGCGGCGGGGCAGACCGGGGCUGGAGCAAGCGCGGCCCGGCGCCGCCUCACGUCUAUGCCCGGGGCCGCGGCGGCUCCCGCGGGCGGCGGCGGGCUCGCGACGAGCGCAGCUGAGUUUUUCCGCGCCCGGCGCUCCGGAGGGCCGCGACCGACGCGGACGAUCUGAAGUCCCUCUCCGCCACACCAUGUGAAGGCUGUCGUCCUGCCGUUCCGACCAGCCGCCGUGAAAGAUGGGGGAUGCUGCAGACCCGCGGGAGAUGAGAAGGACGUUCAUUGUUCCAGCCAUCAAGCCCUUUGACCACUAUGACUUCUCCAGGGCCAAAAUCGCCUGCAAUCUGGCCUGGCUGGUGGCCAAAGCCUUUGGGACAGACAAUGUGCCAGAGGAACUUCAAGAGCCAUUUUACACAGAUCAGUAUGACCAGGAGCACAUCAAGCCGCCCGUUGUCAGUCUGCUCCUGUCUGCCGAGCUGUACUGCCGAGCUGGGAGCCUCAUCCUGAAGAGCGACGCAGCCAAGCCCCUCCUGGGCCAUGACGCCGUAAUCCAAGCAUUAGCACAGAAGGGCCUUUAUGUCACUGACCAGGAAAAACUGGUAACUGAACGAGAUCUCCACAAGAAACCCAUACAGAUGAGUGCACAUUUGGCCAUGAUUGAUACUCUAAUGAUGGCUUAUACUGUAGAGAUGGUCAGCAUAGAAAAAGUAAUUGCAUGUGCUCAACAGUAUUCAGCUUUUUUUCAAGCUACAGAUCUGCCUUAUGAUAUUGAAGAUGCUGUCAUGUACUGGAUAAAUAAGGUGAAUGAACACUUGAAAGACAUAAUGGAACAAGAACAAAAGUCUAAAGAGCAUCCCACAGCUGAAGCUCCAGGAGGUCAAAAGGCUCGUUACAGGAAGGAACAAACAUUGCUUAAACAACUGCCUUGCAUUCCAUUGGUAGAAAAUUUGCUGAAGGAUGGUACAGAUGGCUGUGCAUUAGCUGCCCUUAUUCAUUUUUACUGCCCUGGUGUUGUCCGAUUAGAGGAUAUUUGUUUGAAAGAAACCAUGUCUUUGGCUGAUAGCCUGUAUAAUCUACAGCUGAUUCAGGAAUUUUGCCAAGAAUACUUAAACCAUUGCUGCCAUUUCAGCUUGGAAGAUAUGCUUUAUGCUGCUUCAUCCAUAAAGAGUAAUUAUUUGGUGUUCAUGGCGGAACUCUUCUGGUGGUUUGAAGUUGUGAAGCCAUCAUUUGUACAGCCACGUGUUGUUCGUCCGCAAGGAGCUGAACCUGCGAAAGAUGUGCCAUCAGUGCCUGUCUUGAAUGCUGCCAAAAGAAAUGUCGUGGAUAGUUCGUCUAGUUCCGACUUUACCUCAAGAUAUGUGCGUCCCCAGGCUCAUCCUUCAGCCUCAGGAGGAAUUAGGAGGUCUUCAUCUAUGUCUUACGUUGAUGGCUUCAUAGGAACAUGGCCAAAAGAGAAAAGAACUUCAGUGCAUGGUGUUUCAUUUGAUAUUUCUUUUGAUAAAGAAGACAAUGCGCAGAGUUCCACUCCAAACCGAGGAAUCAUCCGCUCUGUUAGUAACGAAGGGCUCAACAACAGCCGUGCGUCCAAACACAUUAGAAAAAAUCUGUCCUUCAAGCCAAUGAAUGGAGAAGAAGAAGAAGGCAUUGAAGAAGAACUUCAUGUAGACCCUCGUGGUGACGUCAAGUCUUCCAUGCCUCGUAGCACAAAUGACCUAAAUUCUAAUGAGAAUACUCACUACAGGCUUCCAAAUGGGGCUUUACAAAACAGAGUACUUCUAGAUGAGUUUGGCAAUCAGAUCGAGACUCCAAGCAUUGAAGAAGCAUUACAAAUAAUUCACGACACUGAAAAAUCUCCUCAUACGCCUCGGCCAGAUCAAAUUGCUAAUGGCUUCUUUCUUCAUAGUCAGGAUUUGAGUAUCCUAAAUUCAAAUAUCAAGCUAAAUCAGUCCAGUCCUGAUAACGUAACUGAUACAAAAGGUGCCUUGAGUCCCAUAACAGACACUACCGAAGUUGACACUGGGAUUCAUGUUCCUUCAGAGGAUAUUCCGGAAACAAUGGACGAAGACUCUUCCCUGAGAGAUUACACUGUUAGCUUAGACUCUGACAUGGAUGAUGCGUCUAAAUUUCUUCAGGACUAUGAUGUAAGAGCCAGCAACCACAGAGAAGCCCUGAGUCCUUGCCCAAGUACCAUCAGCACCAAGUCUCAGCCAGGGAGCAGUGCUUCCUCUAGCUCCGGGGUAAAAAUGACCAGCUUUGCUGAGCAGAAGUUCCGGAAGCUCAAUCAUACCGAUGGGAAAAGUAGUGGGAGCAGUUCUCAGAAAACUACACCAGAGGGCUCUGAACUUAAUAUUCCUCAUGUAGUAUCUUGGGCCCAGAUUCCAGAAGAAACAGGCAUUGCCCAAGGACGGGACACUACUCAGCUGCUGGCUUCUGAAAUGGUGCACCUUAGGAUGAGACUAGAAGAGAAGAGGCGUGCCAUCGAAGCCCAGAAAAAGAAAAUGGAAGCUGCUUUUACUAAACAGAGGCAGAAAAUGGGAAGGACAGCGUUCCUAACUGUAGUGAAAAAGAAAGGGGAUGGGAUUUCCCCUCUUCGAGAGGAAGCAGCAGGUGCAGAAGAUGAGAAAGUGUAUACAGACCGAACAAAAGAAAAAGAAUUGCAAAAAAUUGACGGACAAAGGAGCAAGUCUCUAGCAGACAUAAAAGAGAGCAUGGAGAAUCCUCAGGGCAAAUGGCUGAAGUCUCCAACCACGCCUGUUGAUCCCGAGAAGCAGUGGAACCUGGCAAGCCCUUCAGAAGAGACUUUAAACGAAGGAGAAAUUUUAGAAUAUACAAAGUCCAUAGAAAAGCUAAAUUCAUCUCUGCAUUUUCUACAACAAGAAAUGCAACGCCUGUCCCUUCAGCAGGAGAUGUUAAUGCAGAUGAGAGAGCAGCAGUCUUGGGUGAUUUCACCUCCACAACCCUCUCCACAGAAGCAAAUUCGAGAUUUUAAGCCUAGACAGGCAGGCCUGUCAUCAGCUACUGCUCCGUUCUCAUCUGACUCCCCACGCCCUACUCAUCCGUCUCCACAGUCUUCCAACAGGAAGAGCGCAUCUUUCUCUGUUAAAAAUCAAAGGACUCCAAGGCCAAAUGAAUUAAAAAUAACUCCUUUGAAUCGAACCCUGACACCUCCUCGGUCUGUGGAUAGUCUUCCUCGGUUGAGGAGGUUUUCACCCAGUCAGGUUCCCAUUCAGACACGGUCAUUUGUGUGUUUUGGUGAUGAUGGAGAGCCUCAAUUGAGAGAGGCCAAACCAAAAGAGGAGAUUAAAAAGGAGCCAUCAGAGUGCAAAGGGACCUUGGAACCUUGUGACCAUAAUCCUGGGGAGAAGGAGAUUAAACCUGUUGAAUCAACAGUUGCUGAGGUCUUGUCACAGCCCAUCACAGAGACUGUGUGUGUGACAGCCAGUGAGGACCAACUGAGUCAACCCACAGACCCACCUCCUAAACCUGUUCUCCCACCUGCUGCUCCUAAGAAUGUCAAUCUGAUUGAAGUUUCCCUGUCAGAUUUGAAACCCCCUGAAAAGGCUGAUGUAUCUGUUGAGAAAUAUGACGGCGAGAGUGAUAAAGAACAGUUUGAUGAUGACCAGAAAGUCUGCUGUGGAUUCUUUUUUAAGGAUGAUCAAAAGGCAGAAAAUGACAUGGCAAUGAAACGAGCAGCUUUGCUGGAGAAACGUUUAAGGAGGGAGAAAGAAACUCAGCUUCGGAAGCAGCAGCUGGAAGCGGAAAUGGAGCAUAAGAAAGAGGAGACAAGGCGUAAGACUGAGGAAGAACGUCAGAAGAAAGAAGAUGAGCGAGCACGCAGAGAGUUUAUUAGGCAGGAGUACAUGAGGCGAAAACAGCUGAAGCUAAUGGAAGACAUGGACACAGUAAUCAAGCCUCGUCCUCAGGUGGCAAAACAGAAAAAACAGCGGCCAAAAUCUAUUCACAGAGAUCAUAUUGAAUCCCCCAAAACACCAAUCAAAGGCCCUCCAGGAUCACGAAUUUACCGUGUUUUUUCAGUCUCUAGCCUCUCUUUGGCAUCGCUGAACACAGGCGAUAACGACAGCGUUCACUCGGGCAAGAGGACACCAAGGUCCGAGUCUGUAGAAGGCUUCUUGUCUCCAAGUCGCUGUGGCAGUCGGAAUGGCGAGAAAGACUGGGAAAAUGCAUCAACAACUUCUUCCGUGGCUUCUGGAACAGAAUACACAGGACCAAAGCUCUACAAGGAACCGAGUGCAAAGUCCAAUAAGCACAUCAUCCAGAAUGCAUUAGCUCACUGCUGUUUGGCUGGAAAAGUAAAUGAAGGUCAGAAGAAAAAAAUAUUAGAGGAAAUGGAAAAGUCAGAUGCCAACAACUUCCUAAUCUUGUUCCGGGACUCAGGCUGCCAGUUCAGGUCUUUGUAUACUUACUGCCCAGAAACUGAAGAAAUCAAUAAACUGACUGGGAUAGGCCCUAAAUCUAUCACUAAAAAGAUGAUUGAGGGACUUUACAAGUACAAUUCUGACAGGAAGCAGUUUAGCCACAUACCUGCUAAAACUUUAUCCGCCAGUGUGGAUGCCAUCACCAUUCACAGCCACUUAUGGCAGACCAAAAGACCAGUCACGCCCAAAAAACUCUUACCUACUAAAGCAUAGGCGGCGGGGGAUGCUCGCUUCAGAACCUUUGCAGUAGAUUUGUACUUCAUCUUUCCUGCCUAUAGAAAAUCUUUCUAAUUGCCAACAAGAUUUUUAUCAAUUAAAACUGGACCUGCACUCUGUUGUUGUGAACAACUGGAAUGUGAACAGUAAUGUGGAGCGAGAGGAUUCUCACUAGGGGAUGAGGCCGAGUGAUGGAGGAAAUGUCGUGAUUCACAAACACAGGUUUGUGUGUCGCCAGGUUCGCCUGCCUGGUGUCAGAGGCCUUGAAGCACUGAAUUCUCAUGGACACAGUGGGACAUAGGCUUGAAAUGUGGCUAGAUGACAAAUUAUGUGUUGUAUUUUUUUUUAACCCUGUACUAUGUGUGCACAUCUUCAGAUGGUUUUGUUGCUGUUUUUGUUACUCUUCUCUCUCCUGGGGGCUUCUUCUAAGCUGCCUUUGUGUGUUGUUUCAUGUGGAGAUCAUGAAAGUAGAAAGUUCACAUUGAGAAGUAACUUGCACCUUUCUUAUGAUGUUAAGAGAAACACUAGUGUUAUGUUUUACAAUAGCCCUCAUGUUUAAUGGUGUUACAGCAUUUGCAAGAGUCAUUCUAAGUAUUAACAUUCUGUAUUUAUUACUCACACAAGUAUUAGCAUUCUCUGUUGAGAUAGGAGGUGUGAAAGCUGCCCCUGGGCUCCCUGCAGAGCACACCGGCUCAGCCCAGAGUGUCUUUUAGGAAGCUGCUGAUGAAUCAGUAUGUUUUACACCACUUCUGGCCAACUCAGAAUAAUUCAGGUUGUGCUUUUAACAACAACAAAAACACUUUCUAUUUCUUUUAAAGUCACUUUAUAAGCUGGCAGAAGUGAGUAACACCUGAGUGUUGCCUUUCAGUAUGGAAAUGUAAGGCUUCCUGGGCCAUUCUCAGGAAGCCUUUAUAUUUAUAACCGAUAUAGAAACUAUAUUUAGAAUUUUUAAACAUGUACAAAGGGCUACAUUUUGAUUUGAAAGUAGCUUCAUGUUAUUUUAGUUGUACUGGGUUUUUUUUUUUAAUCCCUUUCCAGUGGAACAGCUUAGGUUAAGGACACACUUGAAAUCUCCUCUACACUGUCUUCGUUCUUUAGCAAGUAUACCAGAGGGUUAGUUGGGGAAAACUUCAUUCUCAGGAAAAGACUUGAAUGAUUGAUUAUGUGACCCUGUUACGUUUCAGUGUUGUGACAGCUGUGUACACUGGGGGGCGGGGACAUAGCGUUUAUGUGAGAGAGUAGUUUGUUUUCUUUCAUGGAUGUAGAGAUGAAAAUAUGUACAUUUCUCUAAUUGAGUUGUUUAGAGAGAGCACUCAUGUCUCGUGUGAUAUAUUUACUUAUUUAAGAAGAAGAAUGGAAUGGGAUGGCCCUGAGCUGUAUUUACUAUUAUUAUAAGGCUUCUAGGUAUCAGUGCAUCUGGGUUUUCAACAUUUUCUCAAAUGCUGUCAAUAUUUUACUGUAAUUUAUGUUCUUAUAUUUAUGUAUAUUUGUUAAAACUGUAAAAAAAAUUUUCAUGGAUUUUUUUCCAAAACCUGUGCAAAAUGUAUGUGUAGCUCAAAACUAUUUGUGAUCUACUGCUUGCAUGUAAGAGACCAGGAUAUGUAACUCUUAUAUUUUAAAUGUAUACAUAUAUGUAUAUAUGAAUAUUAAAAUGGGGAAUUUCACAUUUUACCUUUCAGACACCAAUUUUUAUCACAAUUAGAAGGAAAUGGUCAAACAUAUAUCAUUAGGAUAAGACUAAUCUAAAAAUUAUGAACAAACCUAAUCAAAACAAGAUGGUAGUAGACAAAGGAAUUUAAUAAGCAUUUUAUAUGACCAAACAUGGUCUUUUCCCUAUCAAAGCAGUCUUCUUGCUAUCAUCUGAGUAUUAAAUAAAGAAAAGUUAGAUGCAAGACAGUGGAAGAGCUAAUGAACACUAAACACACCUGUCUCUGCUCUUAAAUUGUAUAUCCAGCAACUGAACUGAAUGUCUAAUGUCUAAAGGUAGGGUGUGAAUAUUGCCGCGAAGCUCAUUGCUCUCAGUAUAUUUUACUUUAUUAAUGCAAGAGGAAUACAGAUAUAUUUCUUUAGUCUGCAGAUUUUUUAUUAUGGUGCAGCUUUUUUAAUUAUGUUCUAAAAUUAUACAAAUGAAAAUAGUCGUUCCAUAAAGUUCGGCGAUUCCAUCGACCUUAUUGAAACACAAGUAUUGUCAUUGGGAGGUCAGAUCACCAUGACAAGUGUUCAGUUUAAAUUGCCAAAUCCUUGUCAUGGUGAGCUGUGUGGCCUGUCAACUUUUGCUACUUAACACAACUUCGCAAGUUUUUCAUUCCUCUCAGUUUCUCAGUUUUAUUUUUGGAGGACUGUUACAGUUUUUUAUUUGGCUGUUUAAAGCCAAAGCCAUCUUUCUUGGCGUGACUUCAUGGGCACUGUUGGGCAAUGUGCAGUGUGUGGUGUGCUUGCCGUCCACUCCUGAGCACUGCAGAUGAUGUGUGCUGUCGAUGCUGUCAGACUUGCUAGUUCCUGGUACAGUGUAGUUCCCCUUUCAUUUGAAUAAAAGCAUGGCACCAGA